AUGGACCAACCAGGCAUGAACCAAACAGGUUUAACGCAAUCAGGUGUAAGCCAACAAGGUAUUAGCCAGCCAGGCACAGAACAAAUAGGUCCAAGCCAACCCAUCAUUAUCCAAAUGGUUAUGAACCAACCAGACAUCAACCAGUCAGGCAUGAACCAACCAAACAUGAGUGAACCAGACCCAAGCCAACAAAAUAUGAAGCAAGCAAAUCUGAACCAGACUGAUGUAAAGCAAACAGGCCCAAACCAGCCUUAUAUGAAUCAACAAGGACCAAAACAACCAGAUAUGGACCAACCAGGACCAAGACAACCAGAUAUGAACCAACCAGGACCAAGACAACAAGAUAUGAACCAACCAGGCAUGAGCCAAACAGGCAUAAUACAACCAGGCCCAAAAAAUCCAGUAAUUAACCAAACAGACCCAUGGCAGUGGGGUCCAGGUUAUGCCAAUGAAAGGCAACCAGAUAAAUGGAAACCAUACCCAAAUUACCCAGGCAUAUACCAAACAGAUGGAAGGCAACGGGGGCCAAGUCAUCCAGGUAUGACACAAUCUGAUAUGUGGGAACAGGUCCCAAGUGACCCAGGCAUGAGACAAUCAGAUCCAUGGCAAUGGGGUCCAAGUCACCCAGGUAUGAGACAAUCAGACCCAUCGCAAUGGGGUCCCAGCUACCCAGGCAUGAGACAAUCAGGUCCAUGGCAAUGGGGCCCAAAUUAUUCAAGCACGAGACAGAUGGACUCAUGGCAAUCAGGCCCUAGCCAACCAGGCAUGAAACAGAUGGACACAUGGCAAUCAGGUGCCAGCUAUCCAGGGAUAAUAGAGAUGGAUGUAUCAGGCCAUACCCAACCAGGGAUGAAACAAAUAGAUACAUGGCAAACAAGGCCCAGCCAACCAGGGAUGAUACAGUCUGACACUGGGCCCAGGGAAAUAGGCAUGAAAGAGCCUGAGAAAAGGCGACCAGGAUCCAGUGAACAAGGUGAGAAACAGUCAGAAACAGGAAAACCAAGGUCCAAUGACCCAGGUACAAAACAGUCUGACAAAAGGCAAUCAGCAUCCAGUGAACAAGGUGUGAAACCAUCAGACAAAGAAAAACCAGCACCCCAUGACCCAGGUACAAAACAGUCUGACAAAAGGCAAUCAGAGUCUAGUGAACAAGGUGUGAAACCAUCAGACAAAGAGAAACCAGCACCCAGUGACCCGGGUACAAAACAGUCUGACAAAAGGCAAUCAGUGUCCAGUGAACAAGGCAGGAAACCAUCAGUCAAAGAGAAACAAGCACUCAAUGAUCCAGGUACAAAACAGUCUGACAAAAGGCAAUCAGCAUCUGGUGAACAAGGCAUUAAACCAUCAGACGAAGAGAAACCAGCACCUAGUGACCCAGGUACAAAACAGUCUGACAAAAGGCAAUCAGCAUCCAGUGAACAAAGUGAGAAACCAUCAGACAAAGAGAAACAAGCACCCAGUGACCCAGGUACAAAACAGUCUGACAAAAGGCAAUCAAUACCUGAUGAACAAAAGCUGAAACAGUUAGAUACAAGGCAACCAGACACAAGGCAACCAAGCAUGAAACAGACAGACAUGCCCCAGUCAGGCCCCAGCUACCCAGGCAUAAGGCACUCAGACAUGCGGCAUUCCUAUUCCAGUCACCCAAGUAUGAGACCACCAGAUAUGAGGCAUCCUGCCCCCCGCCACUCAGAAAUGAGACCACCAGAGAUGUGGCUUUCAGGCCCCAGCUACCCAGGUAUGAGACCUCCGGAUAUGUGGCAUUCUGGCCUCAGUCACUCAGGCAUGAGACCUCCAGAUGCAAGGUAUUCUGGCCUCAGCCACUCAGGCAUGUAUCCUCCAAAUAUGUUAUAUUCUGAUUUCGGCCAGUCCAACAGGAGUCCUCCACAUAUGUGGUAUUCUGGCUCCAACCACUCAGACAUGAGUCCUCCACAUAUGUGGCAUUCCCAUUCCACCUACCCAGGCAUGAGACCAGACGAUAUGUGGCAACCCCUCCAUAGCCAACAAGGCUUAAGAAAUCCAGACUCUUGGGAAAUUAUUUUAAGCAAACCAGGGAUGGGUAUGAUCCAACUGGAUGUCAACCAAUCAGAUACAAGCCAACUUAAUAUCAACCAGUUAAAUACAAGCCAAUCAAGACCCACCCAAUCAGACAAAAGCCAACAAGGCACAAUUCAGCCAGAUAUAUUGGAAUCAGGCUUGAGACAACAGGUAAACAACAAACAGCUGGACAUUAGCCAAUGGAACCUGAGACAACCAGACAUAGACCAAUCAGGUGCAAAUCAAGUACACUCAAGAGAAUCAAGCAUGAGCGAUCUAGGCAUGAGUCUACUAGGGAUAUUUCAAUCACCAGAUGAAGCAAGAAAGGCUCUCUUCCACGUAAGACCUGCAAAGCCUCCAGACUGCCCAGCUAUUCUCCGCAUGAUUAAAGAAAUGGCUGCCCAUGAAAAGAUGGAAGAUUCAGUGAAAAUAACAGAAAUGGACUUACUCAGGGAUGGCUUUGGGGAUAGGCCCCUUUUUUAUUGUCUGAUUGCUGAAACGACAAAUGAAGAAAAAGAUAAAGAACCAGAAAAAAUAAGUGUUGGAUUUGCCAUGUUCUUUUUCGCAUUUGAUCCAAGGAUUGGCAAGUUGCUUUACCUUGAAGAAUUAUAUGUUAUCGGUGGAUAUCAAGGUCUAGGUAUUGGAUCUGAAAUUCUGAAGAAGCUAAGUCAGAUAGCUCUCAUCACUCGAUGUAACUGCAUGCAGUUUUUUGUCAUCAUUUGGAACCAGGAUUCUGUUGAAUACUACUCUCGCCUCGGGGCUAUAGACCGUUCUUGUGAAGAAGGCUGGCAUAUGUUCAGGUUUAACAUAGAUGAACUGUUGGAAAUUGCAAUGGAAGAGUGA